AGCCCUUCAUAGAGAAACACACUCAUACAGAGCAAAAAAAGCAAAACCAAAAGUUAUAGAAAUUGAAAAAGAGAGAAACUUUCAGAGAGAAAUAGAGAUAGAGAGAGAGAACUGUGGUGGAACGAGGUGGCGACCCCAGACGGUGAAGGAGGAGAGACACGCAAUAGUCGCCUCCAAGUGUUUUUUUCGUCGCUGUUGUCUAGCUUUGGAGGAGUUUUUCGCUAUAGUAAUUCUCAAGAACAAGAGCAAGAUAUGGCUUCUAGAGCUCUUGUUCCUCUGCAACAACAACGCAAAGGUGAAGGAAUGCAGAAGAAUGUACCUGCAGAAGGAAGGACUAGGCGGGUUCUCCAAGAUAUUGGUAAUAUGGUUGCUGAGAGAGCUGUGGAAGUGAAGCUUCAAGCUCAGCCCAUUGCAAGGGCUUUUUGUACAGAACUAAUUGCUAAUGCACAAGCAGCGGCAGAGAAGAAUAAGUUGCAGAAACCAAUUAAAGAUGCUUUAGGUGCAGUAGCUGGAUAUGGGGUCGUUGUGAAGAAAGGCGGUGUAGCAACAAAGGUGGCGGCAGCUCAGAAGAUUGUCAAGAAGCCUAAUCCUGAGGAGGUGAUUGUAAUUAGCUCAGAUGAAGAGGAUGAGAGUAAAUGCGCUGGUAGAAGAAAAUCAAAGGAAGGGCCUUCAAGGAAGAAUGUCAAGACCCUCACUGCAAUACUCACUGCACGAAGCAAGGCUGCUUGUGGAAUCACCAAAAAGCCCAAGGAUCUGAUAGAAAACAUCGAUGCUGCUGAUGUUGACAAUGAAUUGUCGGUGGCUGAAUAUGUGGAUGAAAUGUACAAGUUCUACAAAGAGACUGAGGAUUUGAGUCAAGUGCAUGACUACAUGAUUAAGCAAACAGACAUAAAUGCUAAGAUGAGAUCAAUCCUUGUAGACUGGUUGAUAGAGGUUCAUCGCAAAUUUGAACUCACGCCAGAGACCUUGUAUCUCACAAUAAAUAUUGUGGAUCGAUUCCUUUCGAUAAUGGCAGUAUCUAGGAGGGAACUGCAGUUGGUUGGAAUCAGCUCAAUGCUAAUUGCAAGCAAGUAUGAAGAGAUUUGGGCACCAGAGGUCAAUGACUUUGUUUGCAUUUCAGACAAUGCCUAUCUUAGGGAACAGAUAUUGGUCAUGGAGAAAACAAUCUUGGAAAAGCUGGAAUGGUUAAUGACAGUCCCUACUCCUUAUGUUUUCCUUGUUCGAUAUAUCAAGGCCUCUGUGCCAUCUGAUAAGCAGAUGGAGAAUAUGGUGUUUUUCUUAGCUGAACUCGGUCUACUGCACUAUCCUACUAUAACUACAUAUUGCCCUUCAAAGAUUGCUGCUUCUGCUGUUUAUGCUGCACGAUGUACCCUUGGCAACAGCCCUUUCUGGAAUGAAACACUAGAGCACUACACAGGCUAUUCUGAAUGCCAGCUAAAGGAUUGCGCAGAGCUCUUGGUAAGCUUACAUUCUGUGGCUGCAGAAGGUAAGCUCAAGGCAGUGCAUAGGAAAUUCACAAGUUCAGAUAGGGUUGCUGUUGCUCUUCUCACCCCAGCCAAAAGCCUGUCAAGCAAAUCAUCUGGAAGAAAUUCAACUUAGAUAAUAGCAUUAGUUACCAGUAUGUCAUGCCACUGUUGUUAAUUGGCUGGCAAUUGUCAAUAGGGAGGAGAUCAUUUUGCUGUUAUGAUCCGUCAUUUAGCUAUUUGUUAUAUUCUUUCUUCACUUAUAGUUUGCAAAAACAAGUGUGUGUCGCUGUUCAACUUUUGUGUAAUGAUGAUUACUAAAAAGUACUUGUGGCUUCAUUGUGAUUA